AUGGACCUCACGUGCGAGCGGGGCCGCCGGGAGAGUUCCAGAACAGCGCGCAUUCACACUACUGAUGGCGCUGCUCAGCUCGCAGAUAUCACCCUACCCUGGCCCACCCUGGCGCUCUGCCGCGAACUGGCAGAGCCUCUGCUUGCUCCCGCUGUCUACCAAUCCGGUCGCUACCGAAAUUCGGGGUGCGUCGAAAUCGCUACCGAAAAUUUCCGGUACCAGACCAUCUGGGCACGCAUGGACUGCGACCGGCGCGUGCAGUUUUCUCUCCGCCGCCAGACUUCGUUGGGGGCGUCGCUGCAGGAGGAGGACCUCGGGCGCCCCUUGAAGGCCUCGACGGGGCGACACAGGUCGACCCGCCGAGCGCCUCGGGGCGCCGUCUUUCCCCCCCGCCCCCCCCCGGACGCCGCGCGCCACACGGCGCCGCGUGCUCCUCCUCGUCCUCUCCUCCUCCUCCUCCUCCUCCUCCUCCUCCUCCUCCUCCUCCUCCUCCUCCUCCUCCGCCGCGCGCCGACCGGCACCACCGGCGCACGCGAACCGGGAGCCCUCCCGCUGCUACAGACCGUCUUUGCGCGCGCUGUGGCCGCAGUUUUGCAGGAGUCGCGGGGGACCAUUCUUUGGGGCAGGCGUUUUUGUCCUUCUCGCUAG